CAGCACCAGAAGUCGACCAUACUUCUCUUUCUUCUUCCUUGAACCGCUCUCUGUUCCUCUGCGUCUUGUUCGUCUCUUAUUUCUGUGUGUUAGGGUUAGCCACAGCAGACCGGCAUGGCGGAGCUGGAGGGCCUGGAGUUUGGGAAGUCAGACUUCGUGCUCCUGGACGAGGUGACGAUGGAGCAGUUUAUGGAGAAUCUGAAGUUGAGGUUUGAGAAGGGUCGAAUCUACACCUUCAUCGGAGAAGUGGUCGUCUCUGUUAACCCUUACAGACAAAUGGACAUUUAUGGCAAAGACAACAUUGAUGCGUACCGGGGCCGGGAGCUGUAUGAAAACCCUCCUCACCUGUACGCAGUGUCUGAUGCUGCCUACAAGGCCAUGAAGAGAAGGGCCAAAGACACCUGCAUCGUCAUAUCAGGAGAAAGUGGAGCAGGAAAAACAGAAGCCAGUAAAUACAUCAUGCAGUAUAUCGCAGCCAUCACAAACCCAAGCCAGAGGGCGGAGGUGGAGAGUGUGAAAAAUGUGCUGCUCAAGUCCAACUGUGUGCUGGAGGCCUUCGGGAACGCCAAGACAAACCGCAACGACAACUCCAGCCGCUUCGGCAAGUACAUGGACAUCAACUUCAACUUCAACGGCGACCCCACUGGAGGACACAUCAACAACUACCUGCUGGAGAAGUCCAGGGUGGUCCAGCAGCAGGACGGGGAGAGGAACUUCCACUCGUUUUACCAGUUACUGCGUGGAGGCUCAGAGGAAACACUGCAGUCAUUUCACCUGCACAAUGAUCCUGCUGAGUAUGUGUACACCAGAGAGGGAGCUGCAACAACCACGUCCAACAACGACCGGUCGAGCCACAGAGCCGUGAUGAGCGCGCUGGAAGUGAUCGGCUUCUCCAAAGAGGAGAUUACCUCCAUUUAUCAGAUCCUCGCCUCCAUUCUGCUGCUGGGUAACGUGCAGUUUGAGAGCGAUGGUGAGAGUGUUCAGAUCGUGGGACUGGAGGCCGUGAACCACAUCUCUGAGCUGACGGCCACAGACCCGGAGAGCGUCAGUAAGACGCUGCUGUACCGCACUGUGGCCACCGGGGGCGGCGAGGUGAUCGAGAAGGGCCACACAGAGCAGCAGGCCUGCUUCGGACGGGACGCCUUCGCCAAGGCUCUGUAUGAAAGACUCUUCGGCUGGAUCGUUGGCCGCAUCAACAGUGUCAUCGAAGUGAAAGACUACAACCCAGUGCUUCAUGGGAAAAACACCGUCAUCGGCGUGCUGGAUAUCUACGGCUUUGAGAUCUUUGAUAACAACAGUUUCGAACAGUUCUGCAUCAACUACUGCAACGAGAAGCUGCAGCAGCUUUUCAUCGAGCUGAUCCUCCGACAGGAACAAGGAGAAUACCAGAGGGAGGGCAUCACCUGGCAACAUAUCGACUACUUCAACAACCAGAUCAUCGUCGACCUUGUGGAGCAGCCGCACAAGGGCAUCAUCUCCAUCCUGGACGAGGCCUGCCUCACUGUGGGUAACGUCACUGACACCGUCUGCCUGGACAGCAUGGACACCAAACUGGCCCAGCACCCCCACUACACCUCCCGCAAGCUCAGCCCCACUGAUAAAACCAUGGAGUUUCAGAAACACUUCAGGAUCCGUCACUAUGCCGGAGACGUCACAUAUUCUGUGGAGGGUUUCUUGGACAAGAACAAGGACCUUCUCUUCCAGGAUUUCAAGCGGCUCAUGUUCAACAGUGCUGACCCAGUCCUGAAGGAGAUGUGGCCAGAUGGUCAGCUGAGCAUCACUGAGGUCACCAAACGACCUCUGACCGCCGCCACCCUCUUCAAGAACUCCAUUGUGGCCUUGGUGGAUAAACUGGCGUGCAAGGAGCCGUACUACGUGAGAUGCAUCAAACCCAACGAGAUGAAGUCUCCGGUGCUGUUUGACGACGCCCGCUGUCAGCACCAGGUGGCCUACCUCGGCCUGCUGGAGAACGUGAUGGUGCGCAGAGCGGGCUUCGCCUACAGGCAGCCCUACGCUCGCUUCCUGCAGCGGUAUAAAAUGACGUGCGAGUACACCUGGCCGAACCACCUGAUGGCCUCAGACCGGGAGGCCGUGGAGGCUAUCGUCACCCAGCACGGUUUCCAGGACGACGUGGCGUACGGUCACACCAAGCUGUUUGUCCGAACGCCACGAUCUCUCUUCACCCUGGAGCAGGAGAGAGCAGCGCUCAUCCCCAUCCUGGUGCUGUUCCUGCAGAAGGUAUGGCGUGGGGCUUUAGCUCGUAUGAGGUGCCAGCGGAUGAGGGCCAUCUACGCCAUCAUGGGCUGCUACAAGCGCUACAAGGUCAAGGCUCAUUUCUGGGAGGUGGAGCGGAGGUUCGCUAACGUGAGAACGAUGGCCGACUACGGAAAGAGCGUGGAGUGGCCGACCCCCCCCGCAGCUCUGUCCCAGUUUCACAACAACACAGUCAUGCUGCAUCGCAGGUGGUGGGCGAGGCAGAUCGUGAAGAACAUCCCUCCGUCUGACAUGUUGGAGGUUCGGGCCAAAGUGGCGGCUCUGACGGCUCUGAGCGGAGAGAGGAAAGACUGGGGCGUCAGCAGAGCCUGGGAGAGGGACUACCUGGCUAAUGUGAGAGACAGUCCUCAGACAAACUCCGCCUUCAUCCGUGUUUCCAAGGAGCUGAGGAACAAAGACGAGUACAGUCAGGUCCUGUUCUCUGGCUUCUGCAGGAAGGUGAAUCGAUUCAACAAAAGCACAGACCGCGGUGUCCUCGUCACAGACAAGUACGUCUACAAAUUAGAGCCGAAGAAACAGUACAAGGUUUUGAAGAGGCUUCCUUUAGACGCUUUCACAGGCCUGAGCGUGACCUCCGGGAUUGACCAGAUGUUGGCGCUGCACACGUCCUCUGAGGACGAUGUCCUGCUGUGUCUGCAGCGAGGGGAGCUGUGCCCCAACCAGGACCGGGUGGGCGAGCUGGUGGGAGUGCUGGUCGACCACUUCACACGCAUCAGAAAAGUCCAGUUUCCUGUGAAGGUUUGUCGUUCGGCCGUUCAGCUCCACAUGCGAGGAAAACCCAAGAGCGUCACCGUGGAAACGAAAGCCGGUCAGGCUGCCGCAGAUUUCAAGAAGAGUCGAGACGGUUUCGUCCUGCUGGUCCCCGGGAACUGAGUCCAUCAACCAGAACCACCACAGACCUCGUAGACUCGGACCCACUGGAGCGGUGUGUCUGACAUUUCCACAUGUGAAGUGCUCGAAUAUCAGAGGAUGUAAAUCUGCGUCAGUUUACUGCUAGAAUUUUUAAAUUGUUCUUUCACAAAGGUUUUGAAGUUUUAACUCAGAAGAAUGUUUCCUGCGUCCUGAGCUGCAGAGACGAGGAUCACCGGACAGUGUCGAACAGUUCAGGAGCCAAAUGUGGGAAAUUCAGACCUGAUUAGUUUUUAUGUCGUGUAGAGACUCAGCUGGAGUCCAUGUCUGAUUCUGUCUCUGCUGUUUUUAUUCUUUUGUAUCUGAAGUUAUAUUUUAUAGACAAAAUGAACAAAAACUUAAAUACUUAAAAAAUAAAAGCGCUUUUUAUUGACAAAUUUACCAUCACAUGCAUCAACACAAUCAAAACCAAAAAAUAUAUUUUUGUACAUUCAGAAGAACUGUGUCAAACCAAACUGUGUGACAGUUGUUCCAUGUCAGAAGAAAUAAAAAAAAGAAAGAAAAACAAA